UUUUCCCUCUCCCGAAUGGAGCUGAUUAUGUAUCUUUUGGCAGAGGUGAAGGCACCAAUAGCUAUUUUGGGAGCUGAAAUAGAUCAGCUAUCUCCUCCUGAGCUUGUUAAGCAGUUUGAGGAGAUUUUAUUAUCAAAACCUGAGGUGGACAGGUUUGUGAAAAUUUAUGCUGGUGUUUCCCAUGGAUGGACUGUUCGAUACAAUGUGGAAGACAAGAAGGCUGUGCAGAGUGCUGAAGAAGCUCAUCAGGAUAUGUUGGACUGGUUUACCAAGCAUGUAAAGUGAGUGGAAAGAACCCUAGCAGUUGAAAAAUUAGCCAUGAUUAUAUAGUUAUGGAGCUCAUUAUAUUAUGGAUAAAAA